GAGUCCCAUUUCCAAUUUACUCACAAAUACCUUCUAAUUCCAAACAAACAACCAAAGACAAAAAGACUUCUUCUUCUUCUUCUUUUUUUCCCCAAACUUCAUCUCCAAAUCCAACAAUGUCUCGAACCCUAAAUCUCCCCAACCUCUUCAUCUCGCCGGAGCCUCCCCUUCUCUCGCCGAGAUCUCCCUCCCCGACCUCCGUCAGAUUCCCGUCGCCCACCGUCAGACUCCCGUCGCCCACCGUCAAGGCCUUCACGGCGACGGAGGCGCCGCCGAGGAGAAGAACCGCCGGCAGCAAGAGCAACAGCAAUAGCCUUUACGAGGUUCUGAGAGUGAAGAGAAACGCAUCGCAGACGGAGAUAAAGACGGCCUACAGAAACCUCGCGAAGGUCUACCAUCCCGACACCUCGUCCUGCUCCGAAUCGGAGUUCGACGACGGCCUCGAUUUCAUCGCCAUUCACAACGCCUACGCAACGCUCUCCGAUCCCGCUGCUAGGGCCAAAUAUGAUCUCUCCUUGGGACCUCAGUACUCUCCUUCUGCUUAUUCUUACUCUUUUUCGUCGGGGGGGUUAGGGUUAGGGUUUUGCCCGACCCGGAGAUGGGAAACGGACCAGUGCUGGUAGUAAUAUGCCCCAAGUUUCGAUCUUUUUGUUUCUUAGAAUUGUUGACUAUAGUGGAGGAGAAGAUAUAAUUUAGCUAACUUUGUAAAACCAAAAAAAAAAAAGAAAAAGGAUGUCAUUUUCUGUAAUGGCAAUGUAAGAGAGAAAAACCUGUAUAAAUUCUGAUUUCAGUAUCAUCUUCUUCUU